CGGGGCGCAGGCCUGGCUGCGGAGCGCACGGAGAGGGGGAGGCCGGGUGCCCUCGCCCCACCCCAGCCGCUGGGCACCCGGGUCCCCAGGGAGCGGCAGAAGGCGGGAACGUCAGCCUCACCCCACCGCCGCGCCCGGGUUGGUUCCGGUCCCUGGAGCCCGCGCCCCGCCCGGUCCGCAGGUGGCUUGUUGAGCGUAGGGUCGCGAGCCAGAGCGGGGUCCAGUCAGUCUGGCUGUCCUCACAGUGGGGCAGAGUCAGAGACCAGAGACCAGAGGGCCGAGAUUAUCUGCCCUGGCGGAAACAAGGGCGACACUAGCCUCCCAGACAACCACCACAGCUUCUCACCCGGGGGAGUGGGCCGCCUUGGCUCCGCCCAGGCCACACCACGCCCCGACCACACUCGCGAGCCUUAAGUUCCUCAGCAGCGGGUUCGCAGCCACUAUCAGCCCCGCCCGCAGUGCCUUCGGGUCGAGCGCUUCCUAGGCAGCCUUCACUUGCCUGUCGUCGGACACCGCCGCCCUCACUAGCGUAUUCUCCUGCGGUCCGGACACAUAGUAUGAUCUUUAAGUGUUUCGUCUCCCAGCCACUUUCUAUGGAAAAUCGAGGGGAUCAGGCCAUGAUAGCCACUGGCAGUUUUGAAGAAAGGGACACCUUUAGAGAAGCUUGAUCCUGGAGGCCUCAGUGUGAGACCUCAAAGCUCCGUGCCAGAUUCCGGCAGAGUUCCUCUGUCUCGUCUUGCUGAUCGAAGGCUCCCACUUCUCCGAUUUUUCUCCAUCUUCUGGGAGGUAGAACGAGACCAGAAUCAUGGUUGGUUUCAAGGCCACAGACAUGCCCCCGACAGCCACCGUAAAGUUCCUGGGAGCUGGGACAGCUGCCUGCAUUGCAGAUCUCAUCACGUUUCCUCUAGACACGGCCAAAGUGCGGCUGCAGAUCCAAGGAGAAAACCAAGGGCUAGUGCGCACCGCAGCCAACGCCCAGUACCGUGGCGUGCUGGGCACCAUCCUAACCAUGGUGCGCACCGAGGGUCCACGCAGCCUCUACAAUGGGCUGGUCGCCGGCCUGCAACGCCAGAUGAGCUUUGCUUCGGUCCGCAUUGGCCUCUACGACUCUGUAAAGCAGUUCUACACCAAGGGCUCAGAACAUGCAGGCAUCGGGAGCCGCCUCCUGGCAGGUAGCACCACAGGUGCCCUAGCUGUCGCUGUGGCCCAACCUACAGAUGUGGUAAAGGUCCGCUUCCAAGCUCAGGCCCGGGCUGGCAGUGGUCGGAGAUACCAGAGCACGGUCGAAGCCUACAAGACCAUUGCACGAGAGGAGGGCAUCCGGGGCCUCUGGAAAGGGACCUCUCCCAAUGUUGCCCGUAAUGCCAUUGUCAACUGUGCUGAGCUAGUGACCUAUGACCUCAUCAAAGAUACUCUCCUGAAGGCCAACCUCAUGACUGAUGACCUCCCUUGCCACUUCACUUCCGCCUUCGGGGCGGGCUUCUGCACCACGGUCAUCGCCUCCCCCGUCGAUGUGGUCAAGACGAGAUAUAUGAACUCUGCCUUGGGCCAGUACCGCAGCGCAGGUCACUGUGCCCUUACUAUGCUCCGGAAGGAGGGACCCCGAGCCUUCUACAAGGGGUUCAUGCCUUCCUUCCUCCGCUUGGGGUCCUGGAACGUAGUGAUGUUUGUUACCUAUGAGCAGCUCAAAAGGGCUCUGAUGGCUGCCUACGGAUCCCGAGAGGCACCCUUUUGAGCAUCUUCCACUGAUGCUGGACCCUGCUUACCUCCCUGCCCUGCCUUUUCCUCCAUCCUCUGCCCAGCCCCACACCUUUCCAGUCCCUCAUUUCCCUCACCCCUACUCCCUUCCCACCUCAUCUCCCUGUGCCCCAGUGCCGAUGGCCCCACAGUGAGAAGGCCUGGCACCAGUCAAGACCUUGAGCCCUUAGUCAUUUUUAACAGUUAAACCCAAAUCUUUGUCUUCAUUCCCAGCCCAGCUCAGCCAGCCUCCACCCAUAAAGCAAGCUCAACGUUGGUGUCUUCUGUCUCUCAUAAACUGUGUCUAGAGGUCUUGGGCUAAUGGGCCUUUUCAGCACCUUGGCAGGCAGGGGAGGAAGCCAAUGACUUUAAAAAGGGCUGACGGUAACAUCGGGGGAGGGGCUCAUGGGGUCAUCCAGUCCAUUCCUCCAGACCCAGCCUACAUUGAGGGGACAGUGGAACAGCCCAGGGAGACAGCAGAACCCUUGCCCACCUGCCCUUCCCUUGGGGCUCUGUAAGCUGUCACUCAGCACCUGGCACUCUAGAGCUGCCAUCCCCACCCCCACUGGCCAGGCCUGCCCAUUUGCACAGUGAAAAUACUCCUGUCCCCGAACAUCAACUUGUUGAGAGAUGUAGACAUUUGGGGGGGGACUUGUUUUAAAACACAUAAUCUACCUCCCCAAGUCAUAGACUCCCUGACUAUAAGCACACCCUUAGGCGUGCCCUGAACCAGGACAGGGCAGGCCUGACCCACUGAAGGACUGGGCUUGGGUCCCUGGCAAACAUUCAGCUUGUAGGGAUUUUGUUUUGAUGCUUGAGACAGG